CUGAACGAACAGGCACAAUGUUGGGUGAAUUCUUCCAGACUGGCGUGGCAUUUUUAUUAUUCACUCUAGAAUGGUUCCAUAUAUGGGGACAUACUCUAAUCUUAUUCCGCGUGCGCUUGCUGCCGCGCAAGGAUCUGGUUAGAAUUAGGUACUACUUCUUAUUUGACAUGCUCACUGUGUUUAGUUCAUCUAUACUGUUUACUGGAAAGUUGAGAUGGCUUGCCGUCCUUCAGAUGAUACAGCACAGCUACUACUUCAUAUUCUGGGAUAAGUCGUGGCUGGCUAAAAAGAUUAUAACAUGGAGUUCUUUAGACUGGUUUAAAAGUGACCUCAGGACGCGUUGGGAGAUUGACAAUAUAGUGGGAACAACCUUUGAUAUUGUGGUCCAUCUGUGUAUGGCAUACUAUCUCGGCCAGUACCUCGAUGUCGUGCACGUCAUGUGCUCCCUAGCGUUGGUUCAAGUGGGUGUUCUAACUUUGCUGUUCGGACCUUACUACGCUUGGGCAAGUCCCGGAAAAGAACCAGCAUGGAUCGAGAAGAGGAUUCACCCAGAGAAACUAAAAAUGAGUUAAUCUUCUCUCUUUUAUUAAGUUUUGCUUGUUUGGCAACGUGCAAAACGUACACAGUUGAAUAGUUUUACAACGUUUAAACACUUUUUUUAAAAUUAAACAUUAAAGUGCUGUUGAGAUCGCAUGAUUAUCAUCAGCUUUUUUAUUAUUCUUAAAUUUUUUGAACAUGGUUCGCAGUAUUAACGUGAAAAAGCCAUGCGUGUUUAGGGAACUAGAUUUCGAAAAUAAAAAAAAGUGUUUUUACACGAAUAUAUUCUUCAAUCGGCUGAAAUGUUAAAUGCAGUUAAGUAAAAAAUAAAGAUCAGCAAAUUAGGAUUAACAAAGUACAAGGACAAAAAGUCAAUGUGGAAGUUUAAACAGUCAUGUAUAUUCAACACUUCCUGUUAGUAAACACGAAAUGUUAACAAAAAGAGAAAUACUUUGCUGAUUUGAAUGAUAUUCAUGUUGAAACUCUUCCUUACGUAGUUCUAAUAAGGAAGAAUUAUAAACAUGAAAAAUAGAUAUUUACAAAUAUGAUCAAUAGGUUUCCUUUAUAUUAAAAAGUAAUUUACCGAUGAAAUGCAAUAAUAAGAAAUGAAGUAUACCAAACGUAUUCCAUAACAAUCUGUGAUAUCCUUGUACCCUUGUAUAACCACCGUCUUACAAGUCCAUGACAAAACGUCGUUAGGGUUUUUAUAAAAAUCAUGCCCCAGGUAAUGUUUUAUAUACUUUACGAAUUGCAAAAAAUAAUUGUAUCGAAGACAGAAAAUAAGACCAGACUUAAGUUUAAAGUUUUUGAACAUAUCACUUAAUCUGUCAUUAUGGACUACCUAGCAUGUAAAUACAGAAAUUUUUUCUCUCUCUUGUGUGUUUGAUUUUGCGGUUUUUGUUUAGAUGAAGUUUGAGAGUGGUGCAUUAAUUAUACAAUAUUUUGUGUAUUUACAUCAUUGUCCAUAUUUGUCAGCAUUGUAACUAUUUUUCUUUUAUCGUUCAGUAAAUAUUUAAUUUAAAAGGAACUCUCUGCAGUGUCAUAUAUAUGCUAACAUUAUUGACUUCUUGUAACUGCAAAUUGAAUUCACUUAUUUAUGCUAAUCGAACGACUAGAAGUGGUUUAUAAGUUAGUUUAGUGGCAUGAAAUGCUGAAAAAUAUUUGGGGCCAAUUUAUUAGAUGGCUUUGAUUUUAUUCUGUCUUUUUUUAUUUAUUAACUUUUAUGACAGUUUUUGUUUAUUUUUAAUUUGUCUCAAAGACAUUUUACCUGGAAGAUUUUAUUUCUUGAAUUCUUCUUAAAUUGUUAAUUUAAACGAUGAAAAUUUGUUUUAUUUAGUCUAUGGCUUGAUGUUAUUUUAUCUAACUUAAAGAUUUAGCAGUAUUUAAUACGUUUAUGCGAGUUAUCGUGUCAAAAGGGAACAGCAGACAGGACAUCGCCUUCUUGCGGAACAGCGCUCAAAUGACCAAACUUCGUCUUUUUGCGUCAAAGGGCUCAAAAUUAAAUGAGCCGACGACCACUAAUUCUUUACGAGUCUCUAUGUCUUAUUCAUUGUAAUAUAUUCAUUGUAUAUAUAUAUUCCUUUAAGUAUGUGAUCGACUUUUCUCAUAUACAGUAGAUCUCCAAGAACUGAAAUUUCGAAAACAAAAUAAUAAGCUGGUCGUUUCUUAUUUUGUUGGUCGUUGCAUUAAAAUUUAACGUGUGUUUAAAGAUUUCAAAAGUUUUUGUCUCACAUUCUUGGUGAGUUUUAUACUGUUUAUUGUUUAAGAACGCAUAAAAUCUUUAAAGACGUUUUUGUUAAUUAUAGUAUGGGUCUAAAUAAUAUUGAAAGCCAUGUCAAACAAUAAUAUUAUGUAGAAAUUACAUGGUUUACGAAUUUUAGUUUUUUUAUAACAUUUACCAAUGUCACUAUAUGGCAUCCGUUUUUAAAUUGACAUCGUGAAAAUUAGUUUUAUUUAUUAAAUAAGCGAUUGUGAAAAUUGUUUACUAUGCUUUAUGUGGUUCGAGACAACUUGUGUAUGAAAAAAAAUGGAACCACUGUCUUAAUCUUGCAUGAUUGUAAGAGGCGAGUGAAAGGGUCUUAACAGUUCAUUUUACUGUAUCUCUACAGAUAUAAAGUUUGUUUCCAUAUCUCGUAUUCAGUUUAUUCCGAAGGGGGCCUCCCUGCAUGGUCGAGUGGUUAAGGUCGUUGACUUUAAAUCAAUUGCCCCUCACCGAUGUGGGUUCGAGCCUCACUCGGGGCGUUGAAUUCUUCAUGUGAGGAAGGCAUCCAGCUGGCUUACGGAAGGUCGAUGGUUCUACCCAGGUGCCCGCUUGUGAUGAAAUAAUGCACGGAGGGGCACCUUAGGUCUUCCUCCACCAUCAAAGCAGGAAAAUCGCCAUAUGACCUUAAUUGUGUCGGUGCGACGUGUUAAACCCAACAAAAAAGUUUAUUCCGAUGAAAAUGAGAUGUGAAACAAAACUUCUUAGUCCAGGUUUGUGACAGAAUCUGAUAUUAUGUACUGUGUUGGUGCCCGUUAAAUACAAGUCAACAUUUAGUGCUUAUAUUAUUAAAACUGAGAUAAUAUUAAUAUGUAUACACUGAUGAACAGUAUUUGUUUUUUUACAAUCAGACUUUUUCUGUUAUUCUCAGGAUGUAUGUUUUUAUAUGGACGAGAAUCAUUAUAGGGCAUGUAAAAUCUUAAAAGAAAGAGAAAAAAAUAUGGAGAUUUUUUUUGGUCAGAUAAUUCAACUCCGUAACAAAUUUUAUGAGCGUUUAACGAAAAUGUGUUCAUCAUCAUCGUCAUCAUCAUCAUCAUCAUCAGUAAGCAUUUAAAAGUAUGACAUUAGCUGUAAGUAUACAUAUAGUCGUUUGUCAUUUAAAGAUACCAAUCAACGAAUACGCUAAUUUGUUGCGGAAACUAAAGAUUUUUACCUUUUUGUUUUUACAUAAACAUUAUAUCAAAUCAAUUUUUAUAUGGUUUGCUCCAUCCGAAAUUGCGUUCUUUAAAGUAUUGUGUACUAGUAUUGAAUAUUUAUGGUUUUUAUGGCCCCCUUCGAAGAAGGAGGGGUAUAUUGUUUUACAGAUGUCGGUCGGUCUGUCGGUCGGUCGGUAUGUAGACAAAUCCGUUUCCGGAUGAUAACUCAUGAACGCUUGGGCCUAGGAUCAUGAAAGUUGAUAAGAGGGUUGGUCAUAACCAGCAGAUGACCUCUAUUGAUUUUGAGAUCUGUAUGUCAAAGGUCAAGGUCACAGUGACCCUGAACAGUAAAACUGUUUCCGGAUUAUAACUCAAGAACACUUGGGCUUAGGAUCAUGAAAGUUGAUAGGAAGGUUGAUCAUUACCAGCAGAUGACCCCUAUUAAUUUUUAGGUCAGUAUGUCCAAUAUCAAGGUCACAGUGACCCGGAAUAGUUAAACGGUUUCCGGAUGAUAAUUCAAGAUUGCUUGGGCCUAGGAUCUUGAAAGCUGAUAGGGAGAUUGGUCAUGACCAGCAGAUGACCCAUAUUGAUUUUGAGUUCAUUAGGUCAAAGUUCAAGGACACAUUGGCCAGGAACAGUUAAACGGUUUCUGGACGACAGCUUGAGAAAGCUUGGGCCAAGGGCCAUGAAAGAUGAUAGAGAGGUUCAUCAUGACCAACAGAUGACCCCUAUUGAUUUUUAGAUCAGUACGUCAAAGGCCAAGGUUACAGUGACCCGGAACAUUUAAAUCGUUUCCAGACAAUUACUUGAGAACACUUGGGCCUAGGAUUAUGAAACUUGAUAGGGAGGUUGGUCAUGACCAAUAGAUGACCCUUAUAGAUUUUGAAGUCAGUAGGCCAAAGGUCAAGGUCACAUUGACCCAGAACAGUUAAACCUUUUCCGGAUGAUACGUUGAGAACGCUUGGGCCUAAGAUCACGAAACUUAAUAGGGAGGUUGACCAUGACCAGCAGAUGACCUCUGUUGAUUUUGAGGUCAGUAGGUCAAAGGUCAAGGUCACAUUGAAGCAGAACAGUAGAACUUUUAUUUACAGUGAGCAAAUAAUUUCUGUUCCUUCUGCAAUUACUGAAUGCAUCAAGGGGGACAUUUCGUGUUCGACGAGCUGUUGUUGAUUUUGUUGUUGAGAGUAUGUCAUAACAUGUA